GGCGCUUUGUAGACCACUUCCUUCAUGACAUCAUUAUGGCGUCUGAUUAAUCAAGUUACAACCCGUAACCACCUACGGCAUAUGAAGACCGGCUUAAAAAAUAAGUUUUUGUUGGUUUUAAGAAAAUGUCAGUUUCUACAGGAAUAGUAGAAGAGAAAUUAGACCUUCUCAGUUUAACAGACGAUGAAGAGAACGAAGAUUCGGACUACGAACCUGGCUUACCCGAGUUGCAGGGUGUUCUGUCAAAGUGGACAAACUAUUUACAUGGUUGGCAAGACCGUUAUAUUGUGCUAAAAGAAGGAACUUUAAGUUAUUAUAAAUCUGAAAAUGAUACUGCAUUUGGUUGUAGAGGUGCUGUCAGUCUGUCAAAGGCUAAUGUCACGCCUCACCAGUUUGACGAGUGUAGAUUCGAUGUUAGUGUAAAUGAUUGUAUGUGGUACCUGAGAGCUGCCAGCGAAGAUGACCGCAAUCGAUGGAUCAGCGCUAUUGAAUUACAUAGGGUAUUUUGUAGUACUGAGCAAGCUGAAUCUGGUUAUGGCAGUGAAAACAAUCUACGAAGACAUGGUUCCCUGCUGUCAUUACAAUCUGGUACCAGUUUAUCUACUUUAUCAGCAUCAUCUUUUAAGCGUGGAAGAGGAUUAAAAGAAAAAUUGGCUGAAAUGGAAACGUUCCGUGAUAUACUUUGUCGACAGAUAGACACAUUACAAAGUUACUUUGACACUUGUGCAUCUGCAGUGACACAUGGUGUUGUACAUGACUUAGCAGAAGAAGACAUUGGUGACCCAGAUGACAUUAGUGACACUUCUUCUGAACAUCCACCUAGUCAUCAUCAUCCACAUCAUUUUAACGGACCAACAGGCACAGAUUUAGCUUCCAUAUUACAACAGCAUGGAGGACAUUCUGUAGAUUUUAAAGGAGAAGCCUUCACAUUUAAAGCCACCACAGCUGGAAUCAUUGCUACUUUAUCUCACUGUAUUGAUCUCAUGGGACAGAGAGAGGAGGCAUGGAAGAAAAAGCUUGACAAGGAAAAUGAACGUCGGAAGAAAACCGAAGAAAAAUUUAAAGAACUCUCAGCAGAACAAAUGAAACAGCCACCAAGACUUGUAAUAGGAGGACCAGAUUUUGAAGAAGGACCACACUGUCAGAUAAAAGAAGAUGAAUUUUAUGAUGCAGUUGAUGCUAGUCUUGAUAAACUAGAACAGAAAGAUGAUGAGAAGGUACAGAUAGGACUGUUGAGUCAACCAAAGAUAUCUUUAGCUCCAAGUCACAGAUUGUAUGAUGAGAUUAAUAAGAUAACAAAUGAGCAUAUAGCUAGAAUGUCUGACCAAUCAUCAGAUGGAGACAGUCAAUGGAGAUGUAUAGCUGAGGAUGGAGAACUCAAAGUAUAUACUAGAGAAAUAGAAAUAGAUGGUGUAGUGGUAGAUCCACUGAAGGCUUGUCAUACUGUUAAGGGAUUUACUGGUCAUGAAGUAUGUCAUCAUUUCUGGGAUAUUGAUGUCAAGAUGCACUGGGAUUUAACCUUAGACUCAACAGUAGCAGUAGAAUGGCCCUCAGAAGAUACAGUUAUUUUACACAAUGUCAUUAAAAGGGUUUGGCCAGCAUCACAAAGAGAUGCAUUAUUCUGGUCUCAUAAACGACAUUUACCUGGACAAACAGAUGAAACACCAGAUCGAUGGAUAGUUGUUAAUUACAGUACGAAACAUCCAAAAAUAUCUGAUGGAAAAUACACACGAGUAACAAUGAAUGUUGGAAUGAUUUGUCAAACCAUUAUAGAGCCACCCUCAGAAGGGGAAAUAACCAGAGAUAAUAUUACAUGUAAAAUAAGUUACACAGCUGAUGUUAAUCCAGGUGGCUGGGUACCAUCUUCUGUAUUGAGAGCAGUAUACAAGAGAGAAUAUCCCAGAUUUCUAAAGACAUUCACAGAAUAUGUAAGAAAAGCAACAGCUAAUAAGCCUAUCAUGUUCUAACUCCGCUACACCUUUAUGUUUGGUGCCUUUUUUAGAGAAUAUAUUUUUAUGGACAAAUGUCUAACUUUUAUCUAUGAAACAAAUUGUUGUUAAAUUGGAGUUAUUAUCAUUCAUGAACUUCAUGUAUUAUUUUCCCUGUUAGAAAUCCUUGAAUUUUAGAUAUAUAAUAGUGUAUUUUUUGCUUUAAAAUGAUUCCUUGUUUCAGGUUACAAACUUGAGUUGUUGAAUAUAUCAUUUGAUAAUGACAUGAUUUCUUUAUUGACAACCUAAAAUAUUAGAGGUUGUAUGGAUUAGAGUGCAGAAAUGUAUGGUAUCUUGGUGCAAUGUUUUACUCAGCCUGGUAUAUAUGUUGAUAAUCAGUCUACUACUUAAAUCAUAGUAACAAUAAUCAUUGUUAGAGAUAAAUUUGUAACUUCUGGUUUAGAGUGGAGAAAUGUGUUGUGUUGGAAGUCAAUUUAAAUGUUAUGAAAGUGAAACGUCAGAGUGCUUAGUCCUAAUUUUAUAAAAUCUAGAUUUUAAAUUAAGUUCACUUCAGAAAUCCAUGCAGCAAAAGCUAUUAAAUUGUUUAUAUUUUUAAGCAAAUAUUGAAAAUUGUGGUAUUUCUUAGCCAUACAUUUUACUUUUAGAUUUUAUAAUGGAAUAUUUAGGAACUCAAACAACAAAUUACAACAAAAAAUUAUUUCUGUAAUAAUAAGACUAUUAUAUUCAACACUUAAAUAUUUUAUCUGAUGCACAAAUAGCUUUAAUAUUUUACUGUGAUGAGCACACAUAUAAGUCUGAAUACAUGUUUACAUACAGAUCCAGGCACAUGUUAUACAUGUAGAUCUGGAUCCCUGUUGUACCUCUAGGUUAGAUACAUGUGAAUCUGGAUAGAAGUUAUUCAUAUGGAAACAGUGAUUUUGCAAUAAAACUGCUACUGUUAAUUGGUUGCAAUUUGAGUGUAAUAACAGAAGAUUUGUUUGUUAAUGGAUAUUUGUUAAUGAUAGGAGCUCUGCAUUGGCAGGUGUUGUGUACAUAAGUAUGUGUGUGGUUGUAUGUUAUAAGGUGGUGUGUGUAUGUAUUACUUGAAAUAUAUGUAUGAUUUGUGAAAUCAAAUGGUGGCAUAUGAACUUGAUAAUGUAAAUACAUAAUUUUAUUAACUAUUCCAAUCUUGUACAUUAUUUAAAUUCCUUCAGUUGAGGUGGCAUUAAGUUUAUGGGGGAAACAUUUGUGCUGAAGAAUGUCAGGAUUUUAUUGCAUAAUAAGAAAAAUAAAACCAUUUAUCAUUUAGACUUUAGACUGGUAUAUAUCAAGCCAAAACUAGAUAUACUGCUUUGGUAAAACUUGAUCCUGAUGAUCCUAAAUAUAUAUUCAUGUUAUUCUACAAUUUUUUCCCGUCUUUUUUUUUUUUUUUUUUGUAUAAAAUUUGGUAACAAAAUCGUUCUUUAAGGCUCAGGAAGAAUAUAUAGUAAAUAAACAAAAAAUUGUUUUAGUUUGUUGCAUUAUAUUUAAUAUUUCUAUAAAAUUAAAAUCUGAGGAUUGAACAAGAUUGUUUAAGCAAAAAUACUGUUAAAAAAGAAGGGGAGGGGUGUGGUAUAUACUAGUCUGAAGUUCCAUUUAUACUCAUUGUGGUAGCUAUACUGUGAUGGUCCAUAUACAUUAUUAAAUUAAUAUAUUUAUUUAAUCAUAUGUUUAUACUUUUGUACAUAGCCAAUUUUUUCUACAAUACAAUGCAAUUUUAUUUUUAUUGUAUAUUUUGUAUAGAUUUUCUUCUGACUGCUUCAUUGUACAUACUGCAUACAAAAAGUAGUUUUUUAGUUGAAAAAAACCUUGCUCACUUUUCAUUCCUCUAUUUUGAUGGUGCCAGAUUCAGUCCUUAUAUUUAAUGCAAAAUACAAGUCAUAAAUAUUUGAAACAUGGUGUUGAUAAUUAUUUACUUGUAAAUCAUCUUCAUUAUCAGUCACCUCUUGGGUUUUUGAUAUCAUUUGACCAUAGAAUUAAAUAUAUCCAGGGGACAGUCACCUCUUGGGUUUUUGAUAUCAUUUGACCAUAGAAUUAAAUAUAUCCAGGGGACAGUCACCUCUUGGGUUUUUGAUAUCAUUUGACCAUAGAAUUAAAUAUAUCCAGGGGACAAAAAACAAAAAUUGAGUUGGUUUACCUCUUACUAUUUUUCUGUCAUUGUUUACAUUUAUGAUAGUUAUUUCAUUAUCUCAUUUUGAUCAUUAAACACCUACUGGGCACAAGUUUUCUUGGAUUAACCUAUUUUUCUUAUAAAUAUUCAAAGUGAUCUUAAGCUCACAAUUCAAUAAUUAACUAACAGAUAAAUUCAUAUUCAAAAGGACAGCAUUGUUUGAAUACAUAAAAGAAAAUGUUUCAUCAGAAUCAAAAUUAAACCCACCUGGCUGAUCUCUUAUUUGUUCAUUUGUACUUAGUGUUAUACAAACAUGAUUUUUUUGACAUGUCUAUCCAUCUGUCAUUCCUGUACUGUUGCCUACACAUAUUUUUAUUUCUAGUCCGAUCACUUUAAAAUUUGAAGAUAUAUUAUUGGUUUUAUAAUAACCUCGAAAACUUUGAAAUUGGGAAUUAUUAUUUGGCAUGUUGGAGUUGGACAAAUUUCACAAGAUUUAUUGGGUCACUUCAGUUACUCCUUUAUUCUUCAAGGGAUACACUUAAAACCUUGAAAAAAAAACAUUUUUGUGAAAAGGGACUUUUAACUUUUUAUUAAAAUGAGGCAUGUGAGCUUGCUUAUUAAUUUUUUUUAUAUUAGUGAUCUAAUAACUACAUGGAUUUUGGUUGCUUUUUUAUAUAGCAAGUUAGAAUUAAGAAAACUGUUUAUAACACAGGAGAAUAGACACCUUUACAAUUAUGUUAAAGUAAAUAGUAAAUAACACUUACCUGAAGUAGAAAGAAAAAAUAGAACAAAUGUAUUUGGUUUUAUAUGUUAACUAUAUUAUUCUACAAAAUGCAAACAUUUAUUUAUAAAUUUUGAAAACAUGAUCAUGCAAAUUUUCAUUAUUGCUUUAUCAUAAAGAUUAGAAUUUAGAAUUUUUAUAUAGCAUGCCUCUGACAGGUAAAGUUAGAACCUACAGUAGCAAAUAUUGAUCACUUAUAGCAUCUAACAAUGUAAAUGAUAUACAAGUAGUUGCUGAAUCCAUUCAUUAUUAACAUUAGCCGUCAAUCUUUUAUCAUUGAAAUAUUAUAAACAAUUGAAAACAAUGCUAUCAAAAUCUCAUUUUCAUGUCUUGUUCUACAAGAUUACUUAAAGAUACAUUUAUUUUUCUAAGAAUAACUGGUCUUUUUCUCCUAGCCCUUAAAUUUGUAGAUAAUCAAUAUAUAUAAAUGGUUAUCCUGCCAGUUAAGGUGACAAGGUUGUUAUUGACUGGAUACAGACAGUAUUCCUUACAUCUAGUCCAUAAGUCAAGGAUUUGUGAUUUUUUUUGUUUACAUUUGUGUGAGAAAGUGUGUGAAAGAUGGAUAAUCAAUCUUCUCUAGUAGAAUUUUCUCAGAAACUUGAAACUGGUAUUUUUAAAGUUAGAAUUUCAGGUGGCAAUAUACUUAGUAUCUUCUUUUUUCCUUCAUGUAUUAAGAAUUUACAAACCAGUUCAGUUUAUUAAUUUUUUACCUGUCUGAUUAGGACAAAUGACAUCGUUUAUACACUUUUUAUUAUUAUUUAAUUGGCAUUGAUAUGAAGUAAAAGAGAAAUAUUAUAACAAAGUUAAAUAUGUCCUUUUUUCUAUUAAAAAAACAAAAUUUAAUAGAUUUCAAUUGUAAAAGGUUUAAGUGGAAAUCAAUUCUAACUGAAACACAUUAUAAAAUCUUCUGUUAUCAUGACAAAAGAGGAGCACCUUUUAUACUUUCAAAUAAUAAUGCUGUUUCCCAGAAUAAUUGAAUUGGUUAUUUAAAAUUUAUUUGAAUUGUAAUUAGAGAAAACCUAAUGUUCAGAUUUUUUUUUCUGGUUUUAACCAUAUUUCAAACAUAUUCAAAUUUAAACCAGGGGUCGUCUUCAACUAUUAUGUUAUAAAUAAAAUGCUUUAAUAAUGAAGUUUUAAACAUUUUGUUGAUUUGAGAGUUAUUGCCCUUGAACAUUGUGUAAAGCCCUAAAUAUCUCAGCUUAUUUUAUGCACCAAUAAGUAACUUAGAAUGAAAUUAUUGAUCUGAUCAUAGAUUAUAUUAUAAUACUUUCUUUUAUUAUUUUCUGUCAAACAUAAAUGAUCGGGUUUCAUGAAAAUGAAUAUAGCAACAACAAAAUAACAUAAUCUCUAGAAAUUUUAUUGAAAAUACUGAAUCUUAACUAAAAUGAAAUUAUGUAUUAAUCAGCAUAAAACCUUAGCUAGUGCUUUUCUAUGUUGGAAUAUGAGCCCUAAUUUGUUUUGUACAACAUGUAGAAAAUUGGGCUUUUUUUUCUUUCCUGUUGACUGAAAAUAACACAAUGUUAACUUAUCAGUUUGUUUGUAAGAAAAAGGAUCAUGUACAUAUGGGAAAUAAAAUAAUUUUCAAUCUGUAA